AUGGAGAGGGUACAAUUUCAACAGGAGCAGAUGCUCGCCGAGCUGAAGGACCUAGUCCAAAAGGGUCUCUUCACGCAAAAUGAAACGAAGCAGAUAAUGAAGAAGCGGACUGCCUUUGAGACAGCCCUCGUGAGGCGAAUACCAAAGAAGGCCGACUUCCUAAGAUAUGCGGCAUAUGAAAUGGGACUGGAGGCGUUGCGGAAAAAGAGAAUAGAGAGGUUGAAUAUAAAGAAAUCGGAACCGUCGAUAUCGGACUUCGCCCUUGUCCGCCGGCAAUUCCACAUAUUUGAGCGGGCGCUUCAGAAAUUCAAAGGGGAUGUAGCGCUCUGGAUCCAGUAUAUUGAACUGGCAAAGAAGGAGGGGGCACGGGCGUUGGUUGGGAGGAUCACAGCUCGUGCUCUACAACUGCACCCCACUCACCCACCUCUCUACGUCCUUGCUGCCCAACAUGAACUUUCCCGUCUUUCACCAUCAGCAGCACGCACCCUUCUCCAGCGCGGCAUCCGCCUGAACCCAGAAAGUGUGGAUAUGUGGAGGGAAUACGUGAAAAUGGAAAUGGGAUGGUUGGAAAGCGUGAGGAGACGAUGGAGUGUGCUCGGCCUGACGGAUGAUAAGGGUAAGGGGAAAGAGACGGGGAAGAAGGGCAUCAGUCGAGUACUGGGUGGCGAAGGUGAGGAGCCUGAGGCGGACGGAGAAGGGAUGGACGUCGACGGAGAUGCACAGGUGCGUGUUGAGGGAGAAAGGGGAGACGAGAGCGAAGCUGCGAGGAAGGAAAUCUUGGAAGGGGCUAUCGUCAAAGCUGUCAUAUCGAGUGCUGUAAAAGCUAUCCCUACUCUACCUCUCUUCACGUCUCUGCAUACUGCUUUAACUACUUACCCAUCACCCCCAUCAUUACGCGCAUCCCUGCUCGAGCAUCUCUAUACCCUCCUCCGACAGACACUACCCGCGGAGCCCGGCGCCGUUCACCUACUAUCCCAGAGGUUCUUCUAUGAGCAGGGCGAGGGGAGCCAUGACUUAGUCGAGGCGCUCAGGAACGCGAACGAAGAGAUGAUGAGGGGCAAGGGAGAGAGCAGAAGACAGGGAAUGGAGAGAGAAUAUGCGGAGUUUGUCGCAAGCUGGUGCAAUAAACCAGACUUAGACGACCACUUGAAACUGUAUCUGCUCUCGUCGUUACACUCGCUGAUCUCCCAGUCGCCAUCGCCGUCACCAUUACUUCUCGGCGCCCACCUUAGAUUGCUGACGCAGCUCCGACCCUCUACAUAUCCGGACAAAAAGCUACUAAAGCUAGCAAGGAAGUACACUUCCCAACAAAACGAAACCAAAGGCGGUUGGGCAUUUUUAUGGCUCGCACGCUUGCAAAUCGAGAGCGAAGCCAGCGAUAGCCAAGAAGUACGAAAGGCAUGGGAUGAAGCGAGGAGGAAAGUCGAUGCAGAAGAGGACCCGGAGGCCGCUCAGCAAGUGUGGAUGUGGGGUCUCGAGCAACCGGCCAAAGGCGAGGCCGUAGCAGACGCAGAGAAGAGUCAACUGCUCGAGACGUUGUUAAGAGAGAGCAUGCGGAGUACGGGCCUGCGCGGCGUGCACGAGGAGCUGCUGCUGCGGUACGUCGGCCUGCAUCAGAAGCGCUCGGGCGUCGACGUGCAGUUUGUCCGGCGCGUGUCGAGGGAGUACUUCGUGUCGUGCCGCGUGUGGGGCGAAGUAUUUCGGCUGUUAGCCGAGGGCGAGGACGCGGAUGGAAAGGUGCUGGAAGCCGUUCAUGAGGAGUGGAGGCGGGUGGACCUCGUUGCCGCGUGCAUUGAGUAUGCGCGGUGGCUGAUCGCGAAAGGGAAGGGGGAUAAAGCCAGCGAGUUGAUCGCGAGAACGAGGACUAUGGCGGAUGCGUCCCAGCGUGUUGUGCUGGAGGAGAGAUGGCGGGAAGUUCUGGAAGGCCCUCAGAUUCGGGGAGAAGAGGAGAGCGCAGAGUAG